AUGAACCAUCACACUUUCAACGAAUGGCCGUAUUUCCGCCAAGCAACUCUUGAAUUUAGAAACGAUCCCGGAAACAGAGACGGCGAUAGAGGCUGGCAUUAUGACUGGAGAUUUUUCAACGGUGGAUUGACAUAUCAGGAAGAAGGAUGGACUCCACAGGAAAGAACCACCAGAACCACAAUUAUUCUUCACAGACUCUUGAGAAACUGGUUCCGGUUUGCACAAGAGAAGGGUAUCGUGACCUGGAUUAUGCACGGUCCGUUACUUUCAUGGUACUGGAACGGUUUCAUGUUCCCGUUUGACAAUGAUAUCGAUAUUCAAAUGCCUGUUCUGGAACUCGUACGCUUGGGAGAGAAACAUAACCAGACUCUAGUUAUUGAAGAUAUCGAGGAAGGGUUUGGCAAGUACCUAAUUGAUGUGGGCACCUUCAUACACAAUAGAGACAUUUCAAGGCGGGAGAACCACAUCGAUGCCCGCUUCAUAGAUGUUGACACUGGAAUCUACAUUGAUAUUACUGGCUUGAGUUCGAGCAAAGCUGAGGUUCCAGAGGAGUACUAUCAAUUAGGAACGUUUGAAAAAGAUCUGAACGAGCUCAUUUACAACGACAGACGCAAGCAUUUUUACACUUUAGACCAGUUGUCCCCACUCAGAUUCACCCAAAUGUCUGGGGUUCCUCUCUACGUUCCCAACCAAAUUUCCGAGCGGUUGACUUUCGAGUACAUCAACGGUAUGGUCAGUACCGAGUUCAAAGACUGGCAUUUUGUGCCCAAACUCAAUUUGUGGGUUUCUGCCGACGACGUCAAGGCUGCUUUCGAUGCAAACGACUACAAAGUUGGCGGUAGUGUCGUGGCAUUGCGUACUAGGCUCACCAAUCUCGUUUUGGAAAUGUCAGACGAAGAGGUGUAUAUGCUUUUGAAGCACAAUGAAGCCAUCUUGUCCGAGUACUAUGCGACCAGGAACCUCACUUCGAUGCACGCAGAGGAGAAGAAGUUCCUCUUUGAAGAAGCCGAUCCAAACGAGCCUCGAAAUUUCAAGAGGCCGUUGGCUGUAAUUGACAAAACUAUGAAAGAGGAAGAAAAGAAAAAAUACAUUGAAUUUGUGAACAAAAAUAUGAAAAUGACGCUGCCUUUGCGGAAACCAUUGUUUCAGUAUGAACACGAAGAGCAGCCCCAGCACCACCACGAGUACAUAGACAACAAUUGA